CGCCAGCCGCACCGCUCCCGACCGCGCGGGACAGGUGAGGCAGCGGGUGCUCCGAGGGGUGCCAAGCCCUGGCAGGAGCGGGGCAGGGACACCCUCGCCACACUCAUCUGCUGCUCCCAGGGCUCGUUACGCCAGCAUCAGCCCACAGUUUCCCAAGCGAGGCACCCUCACCACAGGCACAGCUUUGGCCAUCGACCUGAGCACCAUGGUGAGGAAUGUGGACGACUUUGACUUCUGCCUCGCAUCGCAUGCCCAGAGCGUGCUGGAGGGGCUGCAGCGCCUGCGCGCCAACCCCAAGCUCUCGGACGUGACGCUGCUGGUAGGUGACCGGGAGUUCCCCUGCCACCGCGGCGUACUGGCCCUCUGCAGUCACUACUUCGAUGCCAUGUUCUCCGGCAACUUCAUCGAGAGCAUCACCGCCCGGGUGGAAAUCAAGGAGGUGGACCCCAGUGCGAUGGAGAUGCUGCUUGACUUUGCCUACACAGGAAAGAUCACCAUCAACCAGGCAAACGUGGAGGGGCUCAUGCGCACUUCGAACCAGCUCCACUUCCCCACCAUCCAGAAAGUCUGCAGCCGCUACCUCCGGCAGCAGAUGGACGCCACAAACUGCUUAGGUAUCUGCGAGUUCGGAGAGAGCCACGGCUGCCCCGAGGUGUCCUCCAAGGCUUGGUCUUUCUUGCAGGAGAACUUCGAAGCUGUCUCUUGCCAGGAGGAGUUCCUCCAGCUCUCCAAGGAGAGGCUGGCCAUCUACCUCUCCAACGACCAGCUGCAGGUGCAGGAGGAGCAGAGCCUCGUCGAGGCCGUGCUGCGCUGGGUGCGCUACGACGCGGGGCCCAGAGCCCAGUUCCUGCCUGAGCUGCUGGAGUUGGCCCACCUUGUCUCAUUGCCAGACCAGUACCUGCAAAACCUGCUCACCGCUGAGCCGCUCGUCCGUGACUCAGAUGCCAGCAAGGCCGUCAUCGCCAGAUACCGCACCACGGGGGGAAGCAGCUCCAGCACCCAGAAGAGGCCCCUUGCUCUGCCACAGAAGCUGGAGGAAGUGCUGGUGGUGGUCGGUGGCCGGGUCCUGGAAGAGAACAGAGAUGAUGACGGUGGGCUGGAUGUGCCAGCCAACCCCAGGAACUUCGCCUUCUACAACCCCAAGAGUAGGAGAUGGAUGGCUCUGCCUGACUUCCCAGAUUACAACAAAUGGGGCUUUUCCCUGGUGGCUCUGAACAACGACGUGUACGUCACGGGUGGCUCCCGGGGCUCCCGGAACGACACAUGGUCGACAACCCAGGCCUGGUGCUUCUGCCUCAAGGCUGGUGCUUGGAAGCCCAUCGCGUCGAUGCUGAAAGCCCGGACAAACCACACCAGCGCUGUCCUCAACGGCGAGAUCUAUGUCAUUGGUGGUACCACGGUGGACAUCGUGGAAGUAGAGUGCUAUGACCCCUACAACAAGAGCUGGUGCGCCAUUAGCCCGGCCCUCAAGUACGUGAGCAACUUCACAGCCGCCGGCUGCCUGGGGAAGCUCUACCUCAUCGGCUCCUGCGCCGUCAAGUACAACGCCCUGACCCUGCAGUGCUACAACCCCGUCAGAGAUUUAUGGAGUGUAAUUACAUCCCCUUUCAUCCCAAAGUACCUCUCGGCCCCACGCUGUGCCUCCCUGCAUGGGCUCAUCUACCUCAUUGGUGACAACACGAAGAAGGUUUACGUAUACGACCCGGAGGCAAACAUCUGGCAGAAGGUACAGCUGCUCCACACGCUCCACGAGAACGGCGGGAUGGUGCCUCUAGGCGACCGGCUCUUCGUCACGGGCGGCCACUGGAAAGGCAUGGACGGUGACUACCGGGUGGAGAUGGAGGUGUACGACUGCACCAAGGACCGCUGGACGAGGGAGGGCCCCCUGCCCUGCCCCUGGCUCUUCCACAGCUCUUCCUCCAUCUUCAUGGACACCUCAAAGUGGACAGAGGCAUUUGAGGGUGACCACAGGUGGUAGCAGAGCCUGGUGCCUGCAGCUUGAAUGAGCUCAUCCACCAUUUGGGAGGGGAAGGGCUGGUCCGAGGGGAUUUUGUGGGUUAGUUUUGCUAUACACAGGCACAGCAUUUCUGCACUGCUCAGGCCAAACCCUCUUCCCAACAUCUGCAGCUGCCCACAAGCGGUUCAGCCUUCUUCACCGCGGAUGCAAAAGCCAGGCUUGCUCUUGGGCUCAUCCACCAGGAGAAGUGAAGCCUUGAAUACCCAAUUAAAUGCAGUCAACGAUGGCUCUAGGCUCUGCUCCGUGCUGGAGCAGGGCAGCCGGAGAGCCCAUCUGCCCAGAGGGCAGCGCGGUGGCCCUGCUGCGCCACUGCCUGAUGAAGCUGAGCUCUCCCAGCACUCUCACCUCUCUCCCACCUCUUCUAGAUGUGAAAUAGUCUGCUGAGGGGAGCCAGGCUUUUCCUCACAAACACUCUUCUGUUUGGUUACUGCUCUUUUUUUAAAGACCCCCCCCCCCAGAACUCCAAAACUUUUAGGGUAUUUACAAGGGCAAACAGCCCUCAAAGUUUGGCCAUAACCCCAGAGCCCAGAAGAUGACAUUUCUUUUCUGGUGGCUGCGCUGCUGUUUGUAGCAACCCCAUCCCCAAUUGCUUUUGAUAUCCCAAAUCUGGAAAAGGGAGGAUGACUGGGGCAAAGUUUCGACACCCAGCGAUGAGUUUGCUGGCCAGUCGAGCCCUGGUUUGCAGGGACUGACUCAUCAGACCCAGUUUGGCUCCCUGAGGCAGGAGAUGAACAGCUCUCAGCUGCUCUGCUGCAGCCCGAGCGUGUCGGGUAUCCAGCUGGAUCCCCCGCGCUGCUGGGGGAAGCCCAGGGACGGGGUGAGCAGGAGGUGACGCUUCCCCAGCAGCGCGUCCGGCUGCCUGAGGUUGACCCCCGGGAUCUGGUGGCUCCGUGAGGACCACUUUUUUGCAUUAAGCCGUUCUGUAUGAUUGCGUUUUGUACGGUUUUGGAAAUCAUUAAACACCCACAAGAA